AUGCCAGAAUCAGGUAAAAUGGUGAUGCAAGGUUAUAACCUUGUGAAACUUUUAAAAAGAUUAGAAGACGCUACUGCAAGAUUAGAAGAUGUCACAAUCUACCAAGAGGGUUACAUUCAAGCUAAGUUGAAUAACUACGAUAAAAAACACGAAAAGACUCCAAAUAUCUCUCCUACUGCAACUGCUAAGCCUUCUGUGUCCGGAAGUAUUCCAUCAGCUCAAAAUGACUCUGGAAUCACUGAGGAGCCAAAGAGUGUUGUUGAAUUUCAAAAAUUCAUUUCGGAUAACGUUGAUUCAUUGUUACAAUUGUCUAAUGAAAUUGAUCCAACCGUCGGUGAAUGUUUAUCUCUCUUGAAACAGGCGUUUGAGUGUCAAUUGAUUUUGAUUAAAACAGCUUCGAAAUCAAAGAAACCAGAUUAUAAUUCAGAUUUAUUUGCAAAGAUCUUGAUUCCAAUCAAUGAAUCAAUCAUGAAAAUUAACGAUUUGAAAGAUGCAAAUCGUCAAAGCAAAUUCUUUGGUUACUUCAACUCUAUUGCAGAAGGUGCUCCAUUAAUUUCCUGGUUUGCUGUAGACACUCCCCUUUCUGUAAUCUCAGAUUUCAAAGAUGCAGCACAAUUCUGGACAAAUAGAGUCUUGAAAGAAUUCAAAGAAAAUGAUCCAAACUCUGUAAUAUGGACUCAAAAAUUCUUGAACAUCUUUGAUCAAUUGAAAGCAUACGUUAAGGAAUAUCAUACCACUGGUUUAACCUGGAAUCCAAAUGGUUUAGAUUUAUCCGAAGUGUCAACAACCAUUAGCACCGAAGCCCCAGCAACUCCAGCCGCUGCUGGUGCUGGUGCUGGUGCUGGUGGACCACCGCCACCUCCUCCUCCACCACCUUCAUCUGUCUUUGAAGUUAAACCCGAUGUUCCAGAAGCAAAAAGUGGUAUUGAUGCAGUCUUUUCUGAAAUUAAUAAAGGUGCCGAUAUCACAAAAGGUUUAAAGAAAGUCGAUAAGUCACAACAAACUCAUAAGAAUCCAGCAUUACGUGCUUCUACUAAUGAACCUAUCAAAUCCUCUGCUCCUCCUCCAAAACCUAAGAAGCCAACUACAUUAAAGACCAAAAAACCACCAAGAAAGGAAUUAGACGGUAAUAAAUGGUUCAUUGAAAAUUAUGAAACACAAACUGAGCCUAUUAUUAUUGAAACAAAUAAGGAUGAAUCCGUCUUUAUUGGUAAAUGUUCAAACGUUUUGAUUCAAAUCAAAGGGAAAGUAAAUGCUAUCUCCUUAAGCGAAACAGAUUCCUGUAGUGUUGUUCUUGAUUCAAGUAUAUCAGGUUUAGAUAUCAUUAAAUCCAACAAAUUUGGUAUUCAAGUCGAAAAAUUCCUACCACAAAUUACCAUUGAUAAAUCCGAUGGUGGUAACAUCUAUUUAUCAAAAGAAUCUUUAGACACUGAAAUUUAUACUUCCUGUUCUACAGCAAUUAACGUCAAUUUACCAAUUGGAGAAGAAGAUGAUUAUGUUGAAUUCCCAAUUCCAGAACAAUUGAAGCAUUCAUUUGGUAACGGUAAGAUGAAUUCAUCUGUUUUCGAACAUGCUGCUUAA